UUGGGCUGGGAGUGGGUUGACGAGACGAGACACAACUAGACGAGAGGCGGAGACUCUCUGAACGCCGAUCCGGCAUUCUCGUACAGACACACACACACACACAAGUCCUGGACCUUGGCGCCGAUCAUCAUCCACCAGAAUGGCACCUCUGUUACUACCACUCGCUGUUCUCACCACCAUUGUGGCUUCCAAUGCAAUUCAUACAGGACUUCAAACCAUUUCCUGCCCCCUUGGAUACUUCCCUUGUGGCAAUCUCAGUGUGUGUCUGCCACAGCCUCUACACUGCAAUGGGAUCAUAGAAUGUGAAAAUGGAGCUGAUGAGGAUGAAUGUGCUGAUCUUCAUGGCUGGCCAAACCUUGCAGAUUGGUACUUCUACCAAGCUCAGCGUACUGAUGACGAAUCAAAGGAUUGUUUACUUGAUGUGUACCCAGAACAGUGCACGUGUACAGGUAUGAUAGUCGACUGUGAAGAGGCAGGACUUCUCACUGUGCCAGCAGUUUCCUCUAAUGUAAUAAACCUGAAGCUAAUGCAUAACAACAUCACAACCCUUGUUGAUGACCAGUUCAUUAGAUACCGACAACUGGAUAUGCUGGCAUUGCAAAACAACUUGAUUCAUUCCAUAACUAGCAAAGCCUUUUCAGGACUUUUCCAGCUGAAGAAACUAUUUCUGAGCCACAAUCAAAUCUCGGUUCUGAAGCCGGGGCUCUUCCAAGACCUUCAUCAGCUUGAAUGGCUCAUUGUGGACAACAACUUGAUAGGAAGCAUCACACAAAAGACCUUUGUUGGCCUGAAGUCUCUCUUCUUUCUAUAUAUGAUGAACAAUUCAUUGGAACAUAUUCCCAACAUUUGUACAAUACUCCCAAAACUGAAUUGGUUGGAUGUGGAAGGGAAUAAUCUUAUGACCAUUGAGAAAAAAUCUUUUCAGACAUGCAGCAAGAUUACUGUCCUGGUUCUCCGCAACAAUAAAAUCAGAUAUAUUAAGGAAGAUACGUUCUCAACAAUGCCACUCAUGGUAGAACUGGACUUGUCUUCAAAUCAGAUUCAGGAGUUGUCUCCCUUGGUAUUCAGAGACUUUGAACAUCUCCAACAGCUGAAUUUAUCACGUAACCCGAUGAACUAUAUCCACAGGGAUCAGUUUGACCACCUUAUUGCUCUAAAGUCGCUAGACUUGGAUGGGAUCAACAUUUUCAACAUCCAGAACCGAAUGUUUAAGAAUCUGGGCAAUCUCUCACACAUAUACUUUAAGAGGUUUGAAUACUGCAGGUAUUCUCCCCAUGUCCGGAGCUGCAAGCCAAAUACAGACGGAAUCUCAUCUUUCGAAAACCUGUUGGCCAACAUUAUUCUGCGGGUCUUUGUGUGGGUGGUGGCUUUCAUCAUCUGCUUUGGAAACCUCUUUGUUAUUUGUAUGAGGUCAUGCAUCACAACAGAAAACAGGCUACAUACCCUGUCUAUCAAAUCGCUCUGCUGUGCUGAUUGUCUGAUGGGAGUCUAUCUCUUUUUUAUUGGUGCUUUUGACAUGAAGUAUCUUGGGGAGUACAACAAGAAUGCCCAACAGUGGAUGGAGAGCAUGAAGUGUCAGCUCAUUGGUGCAUUGGCAAUGCUCUCCACUGAGGUCUCUGUCAUGCUACUGACAUAUAUGACACUGGAGAAAUACAUGUGCAUAGUCUUCCCAUUCACUCAUUACAGGCCGGGCAAGAGGCAAACUUUAUCGACACUGGUGUCCAUCUGGAUUGCGGGAUUCAUCAUCGCUGUGAUACCGUUGUGGAAUAAUACCACGUUUGGAAAUUAUUAUGGAAAGAAUGGAGUGUGCUUCCCUCUUUAUUCUGAACAGUUUGAGAGUCUUGGUGCAAGAGGAUAUUCCACAGGAAUAUUUCUGGGUUUGAACUUACUUGCUUUCAUCAUCAUAGUCUUCUCCUACACCAGCAUGUUUUAUUCAAUCCAUAGAACAGGGACACAGUCAGCAGAGAGGAGCCUCUUCUCUAGAGAGGUAGCCAUAGCGAAACGCUUUUUCUUCAUAGUGUUCACUGAUGCCCUAUGCUGGAUCCCCAUAUUUCUGAUGAAAUUACUGUCUCUGCUUGAAGUAGAAAUACCAGGGACUGUAACUUCCUGGGUUGUAAUCUUCAUCCUGCCAAUAAACAGUGCCCUGAAUCCCAUCCUCUACACGAUCACAACUGCAUCCUUUCAGGAAAAGCUGAAGCAGUGUUUGCAGAACCAAGAGCUCCUUGGACCCAAAAAGAGUCUCACAAGCACUACACAAAUGAGCAGUGUGUAACACA